AUGGAGACCGAAAGGGAUUCAGUUUCAAUUGAGGCCGAAGGGGUGCGGGAGUUUGGAAUGACCGCAGCAGAUGUCACACUCUGCCGAAGAGGCAGUGGGGUGAUUGGUGGAGCUAUCCGUCUGAAGUCGCCAGAAGUUGGGAGUAUCAAGGCCAUUAGCCGGAGCCCGACGGCCACCUUCUGCACGGGGGGUCAAGGAGCACCGUCUCGAUCCGGCGGUGGGAGCAACAUGGAUAACCAGGGGCAGCAGUUGCAGCAAGAACCCGUAAAGACCACCGGGGAUGCGAUGUCUCAUUCUUUUGGGGAGGGUUACUCCACGCGGUCAGACGAGGAAGGAUUUGGAGUGAUUUAUGGGGGAAAUCAAUCCAUCUCGAAACCUGGAGAGCAUGAAAACCAUCCCGACUAUGACAAGUCGCAGGACAGCGAAGUCAAACAGAAGGAGAAAGGUCGGAAUCAAGCACAGUCGGGCAAGUGAAGAUUCGCCGCUGAUGUCUUCACAUCUUGUUCGUUUCAAAUAAGAUAUUUGCCGUUUGUCUUGUGUUCUAUCAAGAUAUCAAUGUUUCGACCAGAUUCUUAUUAAAUUUUGAUGUUGCUAAUUAAUGUCCUUGGUGCAUCGGUGCUUU